GGCGUUGUAUACCCACAAACUAAAAAUAAAUACGUAGUGGUGUGUCUAUCAGCGUAACAACGUGACAAGUUCGUCACGUCACGCGGUCACGCGUGGUCAACGCGGUCGGCUGCACUGAGCCUGUGUGAGUGUGUGAGUUGUACUAGGGCUCUACACCAUAGUUGUACCCGUUGUACUACCUGGCUCUACCGCUGUACGUCAUCUCGCGGUCAGCAACAACUGCCGGUAGCCAAACGCGUUGGAAGUGGUUGAAGUUGUGAAAAACCAUCAGCAAAGGAACACCCAAAAAUGAGUCUGACCAGGGUCCUUCACCGGGGAUUUUGCUCUGCCCAGAGCAUGUUUCCCCCCGUCACGACACCCAUGCUGCCGGCAGGGACCUUCAACAGCAAGGUUGCUUUGAUCACUGGCGGUGGCACCGGCAUUGGCAAAGGAAUGACAGAGAUGUUUGCACAGCUUGGUGCAAAUGUUGCUAUUGUGAGCAGGAAACAAGACGUUUUGGACAAGACAGCGAGGGAAAUCAGUGACAAGACUGGCCGAAAGAUCUUGCCAGUGGCAGCUGAUGUCAGGGACCCUGAGGCGGUCGCGGCGGCUGUUGACCGCUGUGAAAAAGAGCUCGGUCUGCCGGACAUAGUGGUGAACAACGCAGCCGGCAACUUCAUCAGUCCGACGGAGCGGCUGUCGGCCAAUGCCUGGAGGACCAUCGUAGACAUUGUGCUCAACGGAACAGCCAUUGUCACACUCGAUAUCGGCAAGAGGCUCAUCAAGGCUAAGAAAGGGGCAAACUUCCUGGCGGUGUCUGCACCCUACACAAACUUUGGCUCCGGCUUCGUUGCUCCCAGCGCAGCUGCCAAGAGUGGGGUUGAGACCUUGAUGAUGUCCCUGGCUGCAGAGUGGGCAAAGUAUGGCAUGCGCUUCAACUGCAUAUCUCCGGGGGCCGUGUACACUAAGGGUGCCUUCAGCAGACUGGACCCAGGCGGAGAUAUGUCUGCGAAACUUGUGAAGGGCGCCAUAGAACGGCUGGGAGAGGUGCCCGAGGUGGCCAACCUGGCCGCCUACCUCGUGAGCGACUACUCAAGCUGGCUUUCUGGAGAGGUUAUCAGGAUCGACGGAGCCAACCUCAACUACUGUGCCAGUGUCUUCAACAAGUUCUCCGAACUUCCCCAAGAGAAGUGGAAAGACAUAGAAGCUGCUAUUCGCAGCACCAAAGACUCGUGAGGUUGCCGGCCGUCCAAACAGCCUCCAAUUGCUCAUCAAGUUUCCGCUUAGAGUGGUACGAAUUGAUGGAUGCGGUGUGGCAGAAACCAUGGAACAACAACGGCCAAGUUCCAACUUGAGGAAGUUUUACGAGGCAAAGGAUAACUCGGUGACAUCAAUGAAGAUGAGUAUGCUGUAUUUGUGCGAAUGUCAGGGUAAUGGAGCAUACAGAAUACUGGUACUUUUGUAUGGAGAUUUUACACCAUUGUAUAGCAAGGUUUUUUUAUUGCUCGUCAGAAACCAUAAAUGUUUACUACUUUUCGAGCUCAAUGCUGCUCCUGGAUAACUAAGUUUAGGUAUGUCAACUUUUCUACAUGCUGCGGCAUACCUAUGUGAGGAGAGAUGAAAUCGUGUAUGUGUGUGUUUGGGGGAGGAGGGGGGGGGGGAGCAGUCAUAUAGUGCAUAUUUACCAAAUAAAUAUAGUUUAUUGACGUUGUCAUUGUUUUGAACUUGGGAAAGGAAUUUGGAUUUAGGGCUAACCCCUUUGUACCGAGGAAUCUCAGCGAGGCUGGAUCUAGCCUGGCUAGUAGCUAGACUUGCUAACCUGGUUUUCUUCUCGUGCCCCCCUCUGCCAGCACUUCAGUCUCCUCUUUGUUAUUUGCACUGAGGGAAACUUGGUCAGGUGUCAUUGUUAGGAGCAUCAGCAUUGAAAGUGGCCACAACAACUGCCAAAAUGGUCGACUAGGCGAGGUAGUCUGGCUAUAUAUUGCAUUGAUUUGUGCAUAGAAUCUCUUUGCACACUUUUACAUCUUAGUUUAAGUAUAUAGACUUUUGGUGUCAAACUGCAAAUAUCUGACUGGAACAUACCAGCUAAACAAUUCUUUAAAAAUAUUAAUUUAGUAACUGUUUCAUAAUUAGUUUUUAGUUGUCAUAGUACACGAAUGUCCUGUUCAUUGUGGCCCAUAACGUUAAAUGCCGAAUGAUAAUUUCAAGAGAUGUUUUCGAUCUAGGAAAGACAUCCCGUGCAGACAUGGUUAGAUAUGGGCUCAAAUACUGAUGGAUGCUUGUGAUAAUACAAGUUGCAAUAAAGUAUUUUUGAUGCUUA